CGUUUUCUGAUACGUCAAUCCGUCGACCGUCGUCGGAUUCGGAUUUCUGCCCAACCAAACUCACUUCGUGUCAUCGUCUCAAAGUCUCAAAAAGUCACUGUUCGGGAGGAAAAAUUUGUGAAAUUUUCGUGGAAAUUACGUGCGGAUCGGUCGAUUCGGAGUGAAAAUGUCCAGCGGAACCGGUCCGCGGGUUUGAGUGCUUCGUACCGGCUGGUAGAACCGUUCUCCGUGUUGUGUGUUGUGUUUCUGCGUAUCAAUUGCGAAGCUGAUUGGUGAAUGUGAACGUGUGUCCCCGCCGCCCGCCAGUAGCAGCAGCAGCGACAAAUGCCCAGUAUCGUGCCGGCCCCAUUUGUCCAUCUCCAGCGUGGCAUUUGUCCGUGUGUGUCCGGCGCGAGUGCACGAGCCGUCUCCGUAGGACCCCACUACUGAUAAUAAUAAUACAGUAAGAAUAGCAACAAUUUUCUUUUCUGGUCGGUCAAUAUCGGUCGUGUGUCGCCGGUCGUCGACUACUCUCUUGUAUUGCCAGGCGGAAAAUGUGCGUAAUUGGAUCGUUUGCUAAUUGAUGGAACUCCGCACAGCUAAAUGACGGCAGCAGCCAGAAGGAGCUACAUACAACACCAGUCGACAUCAACCGGCUCUUGGGGAACAACGGUGUCCCCGCGAAGAUUCACGCGUUGCGAGUAGUGCUGAUGAUUAGUGUUUGAAGAGUUCAUCUCGAAACGCGAUCGAGUAUUAGCGAGUUCUGAAAUCGUUAUUCUCAACCGGCGGCAGCGUAUUAGAAAAAUUGGAGCAGCUUUAACUGUAAUCCGUCGAAUGUUCGCAAACAAGUGUAUGUAUGGACAUUGAUUUAGUUUCGUUUUCGUUUCAAACCUAAGUGCAAUCGUGAUAAUUGAAAAAAAAAAGUUAGCUUUAGGCUGCUCAAUUGGUCGCGAGCGAUAAAGUAAGCGACGGAAGACAUAAUUGAAACUACGGGCCGUACCUUUGGUGGUGGUGUGGGUGCCUCCUCCCAAAAAUAUAUAUUUUCGAUGGUAAAGGCACCUGUGUUACCCUCUGUGCCACAGCAGCAGCAGCAGCAGCAGACAUAUAAUCAAAAGGAGGUCAUCGGUCAGCAGCAGCAGCAGCAGCAGCAGCCGGUACUGCAGCAGCAUUUUCAUCAAUUUUCAUUUCCACCCCCGCAGACGCAAUACUUCCAAAUAGGUUCGGUGAAGAAACAUCGCCGCCCGCAGAUGGCGACGGAACCACCGGGCGGAGGAGGCGGCGGAGGUAGAAGUGGCGUGGUAUCGGUAACACCGACACCGACAACUACGACCACGGCUGCUAUCGCAGUGGUGACUCCUACUGCUCGCACAGUGCCGGUAUCGGCUGCAGCGCCCUCAUCAGCUAAUGGAGGCGCAGUCGGUGCAACGCAAAUUCUGUCCAUCCAGCCGGCCGGGACAAAUCAACGGAUCCAGCCGAUGCACCACAUUCACCACCACCACCAUCAUCAGUUGAUCAAUGGGAUAGCUACGGUGGCCACGGCUAGUGCCGCGGCAGGGGCUGCGGCCACCAUUGUCGCUGCCAGUGGUGGUCCGAUGCCGGCAAAUGCAGCGGCGGCCGCGGCAGUCAAUGCCGCAGCGUGGCCGAUCGUGGAACCGGUGUUUCACUUUGGGGGCUUCGAACUCCAAACGCGGCCUUACUGUCCAGCCCAUCCGCAGCCUUCGGAGCACGUGGUGCACUUCCACAUCGGUGCGGGUGUAUCAGUGACAUUCCAGCUUGGCAACUCUCGUGAGAUCAUUCAAGGUCCCGUCACGGUGCCGAUGGUGUCACAGAAUGGUACCACCCCGAUACCGAUGCCGGUGCAGGUUCCAGCGGGCCAUAUGAUGCAGCAAAUUGUCGACGAGAACGGCACCCUGCGGCACGUGAUUCUGUCCACGCAGCAUCAACAGUUGGGCCAAGGCGGCGUCCAGCAUCACAUACAUGGGCAUUUUAUAAAUGGCUCGACACCGCCGUUCUUCAACCCCCUGGCAGCCGGUUAUCAGACCGGGCCGGGUUCCGGAGCGCCACAUCUCUACCAAUCGCCCAUUAUGACCGGUGCGGUGGGUGCCGCUGCUGCAGCAGCAGUGGCCGCAGCAGGAGGUGCUGGAGCGGGGGCAGGAGGGGGUGCCCACACGCUGCACACGCCCCAGACCAAUGUGACCCACUCGCCAUCGCCACCGCACUCCAACAACCAGUACCACAAGGACGAGCGGGCCAUCAGGCAACAUACGAAGUUGGUGCGAAAGCUGGAAAAUCAAAAGCAGAGGGAACUGAAUGCCUCCAUUGUGACGCCAAUCAACUCGCCGCGGAAGCACACGGAAGUGAAUGGUAACGUACGCAAGCAUCAGCUUCAGCAGCAGCACCAACAACAACAGCCUCACCACCAACAGCAGCUGCAGCAGCAGCAACAGCAACAUCAACAUCAACCGCCGCCUCUGCAUUUGCAGCAGCAACAACAACUGCACCAUCAUCUGCAUCCGAGUUCCGCCGUCAUCCAGAGGAAUGGAACUUCUUCGUCGGUGGCCACGUCGGACGAUGGCGAAGAGGAGUCUUCCAGCAUACCGGAGGAGGAGGAUGACACCCAGGCCAUCGUGGAACACUUGAGCUCGGUACAAUCGCCACAGGUGAACGAAAUCACUUCCCGAUCGGCACUGUUCCAAUGGGCGAUCCCGAUUCCCGUUCCACCGAGCGAGGCACUUCCCUUCAGCACGCAAGACCUGCACUACGAAGUGCUCUUGAGUGAUCCCGGGAAAGAGAACAAGUAUAAGAGCAUUUUCAAGGGAAAUUCUUUGAGCUGUAUGGUUCAAGAUCUGAAACCUGGCCAAGAAUACACGGUACGAUUACAGGUUUACCUGGACCAGUUGCACGGAGCUCCGACGGAACCUACGGUGUUUAACACUCCGGCUUGCGAGCCGGACGUCCCGAAGGCACCUACGCUAAUAGCUAGAUCGAAAAAUUCCCUGCAGCUUCGCUGGAACGCGGCGGCGGAUAAUGGCGCACACAUUACCAAUUACAUUCUGGAGUACGACAACGGGAAGUACAACGGAAUGAUCCAUCUGAUCAAUUCCCAAAAUUGUGAUUUUGUUGAAGUGUGUAAAACGAAAGGAAAGCAGUUUACGGUGAACAAAUUGCACCCCUCGAUGAGCUACAUCUUCCGAUUGGCGGCCGUCAACGAGUAUGGCCGGAGUGGUUACUCGGAUAUGGUGAAGUACAACACUGCCGGUAAUCCCCCAAGCCAGCCGGCACCUCCGACGUUGCAGCACGCGACGGCAUCCUCGCUCAAACUCGCCUGGCAGCGACGUUCGGCGAGCGAGGGUUUCACACUGCAGAUGAACGAUCUGGACCAGGGCUAUGGGUACAAGAAUAUCUAUACGGGACCGGAUACGGUUUACGAGUGCGUAGGAUUAAGACGAGCAACGACAUUCCAAUUUAGGGUAAAAGCAGAGAACGAGAAUGGGGUCAGUCCGUUCAGUAAGGAGGUGGUGUUCAAAACCAUGCCGUCCUGUCCGACCCGGCCGGCCAAACCGCAAGUCAAAGGGAAGAUCCACGCCACUGGGUUCAAGGUCAAAUGGGAUCCACCGGUGGAUACCGGUGGCGCGGAAAUUAAUCUCUACCAUCUAGAGAUCAGCUCUGGUGCGACCUACGAACGAAUAUACAGUGGAAGGGAGUCGGAAACGAUGAUCGAACGGCUCAGUCCGGGGACGACCUAUCAGAUCCGAGUGCUUUGUGAAGGGCCUGGCGGGAUAAGUGCAUUUUCCGAUUUAAGCUUGGUAACGACUGAACCGGAAGUUCCGGGAGCGCCUCCCAGGCCGCACUGUAACGGUGCUCCUACGCCUUAUGCCGCGUGUUUGAUAUGGGACAAACCGGACUACAACGGUGGGGCGCCGGUUCUAGAGUACGAAAUGGAAGUGGAGAUGACCAACAAGAGUCGAAACUCGUGCUACCGUGGCAAGGAUCAGUUCUGUGUGGUUAAAGAUCUGAGGCCAGGGGAAAUGUAUACGGUACAGGUACGUGCAAUCAAUCGUAUUGGGGCUGGAGGGUGGUCCGAGGAGUAUAGUUUCCAUGCCGGAGCGGCUCCGCCAAAUGCCCCCAAGGAUCUUAACAUCAUCCUAAAAUCGCCAACUCAUCUAACUGUGAUCUGGGACGAACCGCACUGCAAUGGGGCACCAAUUAGUGAAUACAUCCUACAGUCCAGCAGUUCCGCUGAUCAAUUGCCGUCUUCGCCGGAGGAACUACUCUUCCAAACCGUCUACCAUGGGCUGCAACGGACGGCCGAGUUGAAAAAUCUCGCUCCUUUCACCAAUUACCACUUCCGGGUAUGCGCGGUCAACAGCGCCGGAAGUUCUCGCUAUUCUGCUAUAUUCUCGCAAAAGACCCCGGCGGCACCGCCAAAUGUCCCCGUUCUAGGGCAGCACAAAAUUACGGCCAGAAGUAUACUUAUCUGCUGGGAAACCCCGCAGUCCAAUGGUUCGCCCAUUGUUCAAUACAAAAUCGAAUGCAAUGAUCGAGUUAUUAUCGUUGACGCUAGUUCAACGCUGUGUAGAAGAAGUAAUGAAAAUUCGUCCGCUAAGAAGUUCGACGAAGUGGAAGAUAGUGAUGAAGAAGUUGAAGAAGAAGACUCGGAAGAGGAUGAAGAGAAGGCUGAACAGAACGAAGAUUCGUCCGAAGACAUGACUGACAGAGCGGAAGCGAAUUUAGAAGAAAGCAGUACGAACACGCCUAAUGCAUCCAGCACAAAUCGAAACGAAAUGCUUAUCGAAGAACUGCAUCCGGAAUCCUCCUACAAACUCCGGAUGCAGGCCGUCAAUGAGAUCGGAAACGGACCGUUUUCGUCCUUUAUCAAAUUCACCACAGCACCACUGCCACCAAAACCACCGAAACUGGAAUGCAUUCAGUUUGGGUUCGCCCACCUGAAGCUCCGCUGGGGUGAAGGAAAGAACCUGGCGGAUCUUGCGCGGUACUACGUCGAAAUGGAGAAUCAUCGCACUGGCGAGUACCAGAACGUCUACACCGGAACCCGGAGCACGUGCAAGGUGAUGAAGCUGCACGAACUGACCCCGUACACGUUCCGGAUAGCGGUCGAAACCAAACACGCCGGAAUGGGUGACUUUUCCGAGGAUUUCGUAUUUGCCACUCUGGCCGCCACCCCGAACACCAUCAAGGCGCCGCGGGUGUUCAUCGAACCGCUCAACAGCUCACCGCAGCAUCCACCGUCUUCGUCAUCGUCGUUAAACGGAAGUGUGAACAAUUUGACCGUUGUACAGGGUAGCACGCACCUGACUACAGCGACGACGGGUUCCUCUGGCUCGGCACAAGGACAGAACUCGUUGACAGUGGAGUGGCAAACCAGUCGGAACAAUCCAUUUUCCGACCCCGUCGAGUACGUACUGCACAUGGCCAAGGCGAAGGAUCAGGAGUUUAGCGAGGUCUAUCGCGGGCACGGUACCAGACAUACCCUGCACAGUCUAUCCCUCGGCCAUUACCUAUUCAAAGUGUGCCCAGUGCGGAUCCGCUCCAGCGGCGAGGAAAUCCACGGUCAAUUUUCCCCAGUUCUUCACCACCAGUUGACGCCGCACCGGAUCCCAUUGGGAUCGCGCCAUUCGGGCCACGACGAGGUGGAUGGCCCUGGUACGAAAUACUACGCCGGUAACGUAGUCAAUCGCCGCGGAGAGUUGAUCCUCAGCAGCAAUUCCGACAGUCACCAUCAUUCCGGAUCGACGGUAUACGCAGCUAGUUCGAAUGCCAGCGCGGCUCAAUCCCUGCUGCACCUGCCCAAGGGUGGCAACCUGGUGCAAACCGUGUCGGAACUGCUGGAGACCGACUCCAGCAAGGCAGUGGUCGGUGUUUUGGUGUUUAUUAUUUUGUCGGUCAUUGUUGCAGCUUUUCUGAAGUGAACAGCGUUCUGGGAGCAAACUGUUCAGCAGGAAGUUUGAUUGUGACGACCUAAAUGCUGUUGGGUGAUUGGAAAAGUUGAUAGAUUUACCUACUGAUAUGCAUGUCCUUGUAUGAACGUAAAACUCUUUAGUACGACCUUUUGGGAACUUUUGUCCUGUUCUUUCUAAUUGUGCGACCGAACGAAACUAUCCUCUUUUUGAUGUGCUGUGUGUUCUUCUAUCAUUCGUUUUCUACUUUCUGUACUACAGACUGCUAUUAGAGACUAGAAUGUGGAAGGGUGUAGUUUAGAAAUGGAUACGUACAUGGAAUGGGAAUCGAUGUUUGUAUUCCGCUCGAAGUGAAACAAUGCCAUUUUAUUUUGAACAUCAGUUUUUUUUUCUUUUCAAAAAAGUAUACAUUACAGGCACCAAUUUUAGUUGAUGGUUUUUGUAUAUUCUAAUACAAACCAUUUAGAAAGAAUUAUGAUCAAUCUUAUGGUUUCCCUUCCCCUUUACAUCGAGAGAAACUUCAAAUGAGGGUGAUAGGAAGUUCAGAAAAGUCAUGUUUUAUUACUAUCCAUACACUGGAUUUCGAGCAAUCGUGCAUUACACGCAUCCGCUCAAUUAGUUUCGUCGGAAAACCAUGCUCAGAUGUUUACCUUUAUGUUAGAGUUGAGGUAUUUGCGUUGGCCAUGAUUCCUAAGAGUUGGGAUAUUGUAAUUAUUCGCGUCUCAUGUAUGUUUUUCCUACUGUGCAAUGGAAAUGCAAGUCCUACUUUGAUUAGCGAAAGCGCAUUCAUUAAUCAGAAAAACAACAACAAUAAUAACAGUACAUAGCAAGCGAAUCUGUAAAUGAAUAUUGGUGUCAUCGUUAUCACUGCUACAAAAUUAUUCUUAUUACCACGAACUAUUGCUACACUGCGACUGCUAUCGCUAAACAACUCAAAUCAUUACUGAAAAACAAAAUACAACCACGUCGAUGGAACGUACGCAAGACUCACACACACUAACCUAUACCAACGAGCAGUGUACAUUGUGUGGAGGAAAAUAUAGCAUUGAAAACAUGAUACAGUUCUCCUUCGGUGUUUGAUCCUUAUUGCCGAGAAAGGGAUAUUUCAUACGCAAAUGUUCGAUUGAAUCUGCAGAGGUGACGCAAAAUUUAUUAUAUGUUAAAUUUGCUAUAUUGUUUAUGUUAUACUUACUCUCAAUUAUAACGACGACGCAGCAAGGGGAAAAAGCAUAACGCAAACAUAACAAAAACCGUCGUGACAUUUGUAGGAGAUACACGUGCAGGUUCACUUAAAACUGAGAAAGUUGACGCGCAAUGACUUGAAAGGGUGGAAAUGAGCAGAAAACUAUAGAGUGUCCUUAUUAUACGCUUAGAGAAAGAGAAAGAAUCGAAAAUGAGAGAGAAGAAAACACGUUUUCUGUCCAAAGUUUCACAAAUUUCGUUUGUUGUGACAAAGGAGAAAUGUAAGUGUAAGAAAAACUAGGAAAAACUACGUUGAUUUUUUUGUUUUUGUUUGGAUUGUUUUGCCAACGCCGCGCGCUUUGUACGGGAAUCAAUAUCAUGAUAUCAAAAAAAAACAUACAGCGAAAUGAGUAAAAUGAAAACGAUAACCAAGAGAAAAGUAAUAGCCAAUAAAACAAGGUAAUCUAUAGUAUUAUUAAUCAUAACUAAACACAAGAAUCAGAGUGCAUGUUGCAGAACGCUAGGAAAGAAUAGUAGGGUUUUGUGGCGAACAGCACACAGCGAAAGAAUUCAAUCUUGCAUAGGCCUCCAGAAACACAAUAGAUAAGUAAUCGCGACUGAUGAUAAUUGAUAAUGGUGAAAUGCGAUGAUACUGAACCAGACAUCCCUGAACAUAUACAGACACAAACAUACAGGUACACUAACACGAACAUGAAAUCACAUACAUACCCAACAUGAAAACUAGGAAAGAACAAACACAGAUACACAAACUUGAUGACAAACAGACAUGCGAACACAUACUAAUACACACAGACUCCACAAACACAACCCAACAAACUUAUAGGAAACAUUUUCUCUCUCUAUUAUUGAUGCAACGCUAAAUAAGCCAACCUUUAUAAAACUACAUAUGAAACCAUAACUAAAUGCAUUCCAUAAGAGCUCUUUUAUUGUUUUUACUCUUAAUUUUAUUACAGGCAAUAUACUUAGAACAAAGAAAAAUCAAAACUUUAAACACCAAUAAUAAUAAUAUUAGGAGAAGAAACGAAUCGGUUUUGAUAUAUUCCAACUCAGAAACAACAUCCACACUCAAUACAAUACACACAACCAACACCCACUAAUGCAUUACUUAUAAUCCCAUUCAGAUCUGAUACCGUCAAUACGGUUUUUUCGUUCCGAUGUUUGUGACACAAACCUCCCAAAUAUUUUAUCGUCUUCCAACAACACCAACACACACGUUGAAAGGCCCUAAAGGUGGACCCUAAUCUAUACCCAUACUCUUACUUUACCGAACAAAGAAGGCUCCACACUUCGCGCAAUGGUUCGAGAACUAAAACAGUUUCGAUUUUUGUGAUAAAUUCACGCAAACGCAUCCAAAACCAGUCCCAAGUGCAAUUUAUGUUUUGUUUUUACCUGUACAAUGUUUUCGAUUGUCCUAACUUUUGUCAGUUUACCGAAAAAAAGAAACAUUGGAUCUUUAGUCGCAGCAGCAGAUU